AUGUCGAAUGUUACGGACUCGGGUUCUCCUCUCUACAUUCAUCCGUCGGACACCCCAGGUUCAACUCUGAUUCCAGAACAACUUACUGGAACAGAAAAUUAUGGGAUAUGGAGUCGUGCGAUGACAAUCUCUCUAAGGGCGAAGAACAAAUUGGGCUUUGUUGACGGAUCUUGUGAGAAGUCAAAAUUCAAUGAGUCUUUGCAUGUACAAUGGGAACGCUGUGGUUUUCAACAAUCCCCAUCGGAUCACUCCUUCUUUUUUAAGAAACAUAAUGGGCACAUUGUUAUCUUACUUGUGUAUGUUGAUGACUUGGUCCUCACUGGCAGUGACAGUUCCCUAAUUCAAGCUACUAAGGAUCUCUUACAUUCUCAUUUCAAGCUAAAGGACUUAGUCUCUCUUAGAUAUUUUUUAGGUUUUGAAGUUGCUCGAUCCUCCAAAGGUAUAAGUCUAUGUCAAAGGAAAUAUGCUUUGGAAUUGAUAGCUGAUUUAGGAUUAGCUGCUGCCAAACCAGCUUUGGUUCCUCUUGAUCCUCAUCUAAACUUCACCAAUGUUGAGUAUGAUGUGGCCUUUCCUGGCCAACAGGAUCCAGCCUUAGUUGAUCAUUCGGUAUAUCAAAAAUUGAUUGGAAAAUUGCUUUAUUUGUGUCUCACCAGGCCUGAUCUCAGUUUUGCAGUAAACCUCCUCAGCCAAUUUAUGCACAAACCUAAACAAUCACAUCUACAUGCUGCCCUCAAGAUAGUCAGAUAUGUGAAAGGGUCUCCAGGUUUGGGUUUAUUUUUCCCAGCACAUGGCUCCUUGCAUCUUCAAGCAUUUUGUGACUCUGAUUGGGCUUCUUGCCUUAUGACUCGUAAAUCAGUGACUAGUUUCUGCAUUUUCUUGGGAAAUUCUUUGUUGUCCUGGAAAUCUAAAUGUCAAGUUACGGUUUCUAGAUCAUCCUCUGAAGCUGAAUAUCGUGCCAUGGCAUCCACAGUUUGUGAAAUUAUUUGGCUUACUCAGCUUCUGCAUGACCUUGGUUUCUCACUACAGUUGCCCAUUUCCCUUGGCUGUGACAAUCAAUCAGGCAUUCACAUUGCUUCCAAUCCUAUGUUCCAUGAACGGACGAAGCACGUCGAUAUUGAUUGCCACAUCGUUCAUACAAAGUUUAAAGAGGGUUUGGUGCAUCCUGUCCAUGUUCCAACACAAGAGCAGCCUACUGAUUUGUUUACUAAGGCUGUUCCUCCUUCUCUUCAUCGCCAUUUAUUGUCCAAGUUGGGGGUGCUUGAUAUUCAUCACCCACCACCUUGA